ACAGUUACCGGGCCCACCAUCCUCCUUUCAACUUUUUCAUAUCUUCUUUCUUACCCAUUAACCACAUUCCAAUCAUAACAUAAAAAUAUCCUCCAAAGCGCCAGUUAUAUAUAUCCUGUGGGGCUGUUCACAGUAUUCCUUUCAAAUUGUUCCCGUUGACCAUUAGAAAAUCUAAUCCUAUUCUAACACAUGGCACAAGCUUAUUUAAUCAACAAGCAUCUUGCGAGUGCACAAAACUUAUAAUACACAUUGCUGUACUCGAUAACAGCCGCAGACAGAUUUUCUUGCUCUCUUCUAUGGUAUAUCUCACUUAAUCCAUAAUCAUGCUUUUUAUAUAUAUUGUUAUAUAAAGCUAUACAGAUUUCACAUUGGAAAGAAACGAAAGCACAGAAGAAAAUUUUGGAAGAAAGGAAAAUGGCGACCGUCGGUGGAAUCAAAGAAGUUGAUGGGAAUCAGAACAGUCUCGAGAUCGAAAGCCUUGCUCGUUUUGCUGUCGAUGAACACAACAAGAAACAGAAUUCGCUUCUGCAAUUUGAGAAGGUUGUAAACACGAAAGUGCAAGUGGUCUCUGGUACGAUGCAUCAUAUUACGUUGGAGGCUUUGGAUGGGGAUAAGAAGAAAGUUUAUGAAGCCAAGGUGUGGGAGAAGCCAUGGAUGCAUUUUAAGGAGCUCCAGGAAUUCAAAUAUAUUGGUGAUGCUCCUUCUGGAUCAUCCUCUUAAUUCUGAGCUAUAUGGUGACUGGGGAUGUUUUUUAUGAAUCGGUAUGCUACUUUAAGUACAUCAUAUCAUAAAGUAUGUUCCAUGCUAUCCAAUGGAGCCAAAUCGUCCUCAGAAUCCUAUAUUUAUCUCUUUAUUAUGAAGACAACUGUCCUUAAUAUACUGUAACUCUGUUGAAAACAUCGAAUAAAUAAAUAGUGCAAUCGAUGAAUGCAGACCAGACCUUUAUGUUACUGUUGAGCAAAAUUUCCACUGGCUGUUAUAUUUCUGGGCCUUAUAUGUCCGGUAUAGGCUAUAGGAAUACAAUUCGCUCAUUAAAUCUUUCUGUUAUUAUUUGUUAUUAUUUGUCUAAUUAAGUGUCCGGUAUAGUCUUGUAUAGUUUAAUAUAAUGUUUAAAAUUGCAAA